CGCAGGCAGCCGAGCCGCGCGCCUCGCCGCCUCGUCCUCGCCGGGGCUGCCCGGCCCCUCCCUCCCCCCGCGAGCUGCGCACCGGCAGCCGGCUGACCCAGCAGCCCGCGCCCGCGCCCUUGUCCGCGCGAGCCGGCGGCGGGCUCCAGUCAGCGGGCGACAUGAGCGGCGGCGGCGACGACGUGGUGUGUACCGGCUGGCUGAGGAAAUCGCCUCCGGAAAAGAAGUUGAGGCGCUAUGCCUGGAAGAAACGCUGGUUUAUACUGCGGAGUGGCCGGAUGAGUGGAGACCCAGAUGUUCUGGAAUACUACAAGAACGAGCACUCCAAGAAACCCCUGCGGAUCAUCAACCUGAACUUCUGUGAGCAGGUGGAUGCAGGCCUGACCUUCAACAAGAAAGAGCUGCAGGAUAGCUUUGUGUUUGAUAUCAAGACCAGCGAGCGCACGUUUUACCUGGUGGCUGAGACAGAGGCUGACAUGAACAAGUGGGUCCAGAGCAUCUGCCAGAUCUGCGGUUUCAAUCAGGCCGAGGAGAGCACAGACUCCCUGAGAAACCUUUCUUCAGCCAGUCACGGUCCCCGCUCUUCUCCAGCUGAGUUCAGCUCCAGUCAGCACCUGCUCCGAGAACGGAAGUCCUCAGCCCCUUCACACUCUAGCCAGCCCACUUUAUUCACAUUCGAGCCCCCUAUGUCAAGCCACAUGCAGCCUGCCUUGUCCACCAGUGCACCUCAGGAGUAUCUCUACUUGCACCAGUGCAUAAGCAGAAGGACAGAAAACUCAAGGAGUGCCAGCUUCUCUCAGGGCACCCGGCAGAAGAGUGAUACAGCCGUGCAAAAACUUGCCCAGAGCAAUGGACACUGUAUCAAUGGAGUCAGCAGUCAAGUCCAUGGUUUCUAUAGCCUUCCCAAGCCAAGCCGACACAACACAGAAUUCAAAGACAGUACUUAUGAUCUCCCGAGGAGCCUGGCGUCACAUGGCCACACCAAGAGCAGCCUCACAGGGUCUGAGACUGAUAACGAGGAUGUGUACACCUUCAAGAUGCCCAGCAACACCCUGUGUCGGGAGUUUGGAGACCUCCUUGUGGACAAUUUGGAUGUUCCAACCACCCCUCUCUCAGCCUACCAGAUCCCUAGAACAUUCACACUGGACAAGAAUCACAAUGCCAUGACAGUGGCCACUUCUGGAGACUCAGCCAUAGCUCCCCCACCCCGGCCACCCAAGCCAAGUCAAGCAGAAACACCUCGAUGGGGCAGCCCUCAGCAAAAACCUCCGAUCGGCGAGAAUAGCAGAUCUGUAGCUGCUACUAUCCCCAGGCGCAAUACCCUCCCUGCAAUGGACAACAGCCGGCUCCACCGAGCUUCCUCCUGUGAGACCUAUGAAUACCCAACACGAGGCAGCGGAGAGAGUGCCAGCUGGUCUGCUGAAUCUCCAGGAAAGACUGCCGUGGGUCGAUCAAACAGUGCCAGCUCUGAUGACAACUACGUGCCCAUGAACCCAGGUUCUUCUACCCUGCUGGCUAUGGAACGAGCCGGGGACAAUUCCCAGAGUGUCUACAUACCCAUGAGCCCAGGGCCUCAUCACUUUGAUCCACUUGGAUACCCAUCCACAGCCCUUCCUAUUCACAGAGGCCCCAGCCGAGGAAGUGAGAUCCAGCCACCCCCAGUCAACCGAAACCUCAAACCUGACCGAAAAGCAAAGCCAACACCCCUUGACCUGAGAAACAACACUGUCAUCGAUGAGCUCCCCUUCAAGUCACCUGUCACCAAGUCUUGGUCCAGGAUCAACCACACCUUUAACUCCAGUUCCUCCCAGUACUGCCGUCCUAUCUCCACACAGAGUAUCACCAGCACAGACUCAGGAGACAGUGAGGAGAACUAUGUCCCUAUGCAAAACCCAGUAUCUGCAUCCCCUGUUCCCAGUGGCACUAACAGCCCUGCUCCCAAGAAGAGUACUGGCAGUGUGGAUUACCUAGCCCUGGACUUCCAGCCGGGCUCCCCAAGCCCUCACCGCAAGCCAUCCACAUCAUCUGUCACAUCGGAUGAGAAGGUAGACUAUGUCCAAGUGGAUAAAGAGAAGACGCAGGCCCUGCAGAACACCAUGCAGGAGUGGACAGAUGUACGGCAGUCCUCAGAACCUUCCAAGGGUGCCAAGCUGUGAUGAAGGGGGCCACCGAGUUCAAGAGCCAUGAGGCAGCUGCCCAGACUGCCUCUUCUGUCACCUUCUUCUCCAUUUCUUCCUACACCUCCUCUCCCCUGUACCACUUUCAGCCUUCAAAGCACUCAACGUCAGGGACCUGACCCUUUCCCAUCAGAGGCAAGGGCCUGGUAGAGACACUUCCUCUGCCACUUGGGUUCCACCUAUGACUUCUGUCAAAAGUAGCUGUGCCUCCACCACCUUAGUUAGGAGCUGUUGCCAAAAAUGCUUCCUGCUUUGGACCCAUUUGUCUGCUGCUUGGACUCUUGGAGGGAGGGCUGAAGCUCUGAGCUAGGCUCAUGCCUCAUGUCUGCUCACCGCUCUCUACCCUCUACCUCAGGGCUGCUUCUCCAUCCCCAGCAGAGGAUGAUAACCCAGUGAGCCAAGAACCAGCAGACCAAAGUACAUAUGGGCUUUCAUAUCCCUGCUAUUUUGGCAAGGAAAAGGCAAGGUGCCACAAGAAGAAAUAGUUGAUAGUGGAAGUCGGAAGUUGCCUUGAGGAAGAAAUUAGGCCCCAGACAUGGGAGUGUAGCUGAUAACUUGUUGGGUGGUACCCAGUAUCAGGCCAUGGUGUACCUCUGCUAUAGACUGGGAGAGACAAAGUAUGAAAGACAGCAGGAAGGAAAACUGAUAAUGAUAAGCAACCAGGACAGCAAAGAGCAGAAGUCUUUGAGGUGACAAAGCUUGGAGCUAGAGGACUCUGCCACUCUGGGACAGACAGUCCUCUUCCCUGGCCCUGAUGAAGAGAUGAGACAGAGUGAGGAAGACAGCAGCAGGUUAUGUGGGGGGAGAAGGGCAGGAGGAUCCUGGGACAGGAGUGUGCUAGGCACAGGGCAGUGCGGGGACACUGCCAUGGAAAGAAAGUUUCUAGUAGGUAGGAGGGUGCAGAGAUGACUUAGGGACCAGGAAGCAGGCAAGACAUGUAGCAAGUGAGGACGUGUGUCCAAAGGGCCUGGUGGGGAGCCCAAGGCCACACGCAGGAGUACAGCAGGGAGCAGAAUGAGGAGUCAUACUUUGACCAAGGAAAUCUAGAGAGCACAUAAGGGUCUGGGCGAUGGCUUGUGCCAGACAGAAGCACCUCUGACCUAGUGCCAG